GUCUGAAUUGAACAUUGACUCUGAGCAUCUUUUAUCCUUUGCAUUGUACCACAGUUGUGAACAGUGACAAGAGAUGCCCAGUGUGAGGAAAAAGUUGAUGAAACUCAACAUAGAGGACCGACUUUCCAAAGCCUGGAAAAGGAAGCAGGAUGUCCAACUUCGCAUCCCGACUGUGUCAAAUCCGGUCCCUAAAAUGGAAGAAGCCAAAAGCCACAGUUUGGAGGAAGAUUUUGAAGGACAGGCCACACAUACAGGACCCAAAGGAGUAAUAAAUGAUUGGAGAAAGUUUAAAUUAGAGAGCGAAUAUAGUGAAUCAAUCCCACCUAGCAAGAAGGAAAUUCUCAGACAAAUGUCUUCUCAGAGUAAAGAUGACAAGGACUCAAAAGAAAGAGUCAGCAGAAAGAUGAGCAUACAAGAAUAUGAACUUAUCAAUCAAGACAAAGAAGAUGAAAAUUGCCUUCGUAAAUAUCGGAGACAGUGCAUGCAAGAUAUGCAUCAGAAGCUGAGUUUUGGGCCUAGAUAUGGGUUUGUGUAUGAGCUAGAAACUGGGGAGCAAUUCCUAGAAACAAUUGAAAAGGAGCAGAAGAUCACUACAAUUGUUGUUCACAUUUAUGAAGAUGGCAUUAAGGGCUGUGAUGCUCUAAACAGUAGUUUAACAUGCCUUGCAGCAGAAUACCCUAUGGUCAAAUUUUGUAAAAUAAAAGCUUCCAAAACAGGUGCUGGAGACCGCUUUUCCUCGGAGGUGCUCCCCACACUGCUUGUCUACAAAGGCGGGGAACUCAUAAGCAAUUUUAUUAAUGUUGCUCAACAGUUCACUGAAGAAUUUUUUGCUGGGGAUGUGGAGUCUUUCCUAAAUGAAUAUGGAUUACUACCAGAAAGAGAAAUGCAUGCCCUUGAGGAUACCAACAUGGAAGAAGACGUUGAAUAAAGAGUCACUAGAUUAAUAUCUCAUGUUUAUCCUUUACACAUUGAACAUUGAUUUUGAUAAUAUCCAUAUUCCUGUAGAGAAUAUUAAAUAUGGACGUA